CAGCCGCAGCACGGUUCUACUUCCCCCAUGAGUUGGCCCGGUCGGUCGGUCGGAUUGAUUGUGACGUGCGUUACUUCAAAUUAUACAAGCUGCUGAAUAUGAAGUUAUACUGUUUUGUUACCAAUGAUAUGCAGUGAUACGCGGGAGAGAAAUUAGCGCGCAGAUCGAGUCGUGUUGUUGUUCUGGAAGCAAUAAUAAUGCCUCUCGCGGCUGGCAGAGGAGAUGGAGGAGCUAACAGGAACGCGAUGUGUGUCUUGUUUCCGCUCACCGCCGUGUUGUUGUUGCUGUCGGUCGGAGUUACUGCUAUUGAAGAGGAGCACAAAUCUGUCCAGGAGCAGCCCCCGCAAGAGAAAACCUCCAGUGCCCAUCCACCAGGCCCAGCGGUUCCUGAAGAUCCCCCUAGCAAAGGAAACCUGGGCUUCAUUCAUGCCUUUGCGGCCUCUCUCUCUGUCAUCAUCGUCUCCGAGUUGGGAGACAAGACCUUUUUCAUUGCUGCCAUUAUGGCCAUGCGUUACAACCGUCUCACCGUGCUGGCUGGGGCUAUGCUGGCUUUAGGACUCAUGACUUGUCUUUCUGUACUGUUUGGCUAUGCCACCACCAUCAUCCCGAGAAUCUACACAUACUACGUGUCCACUGCUCUUUUUGCCAUCUUUGGUAUUCGUAUGCUGAGAGAGGGGCUGAAAAUGAGUCCAGAUGAAGGCCAGGAGGAACUGGAGGAGGUGCAGGCGGAGAUCAAGAAGAAAGAUGAAGAGCUCCAGCGGUCUAAGCUCGUUAAUGGGACUCCAGAUGUGGAGGCUGGAGCGGGGACUGGUCUUCCUCAGGGAAAGUGGCAUAGCUUCAUCUCGCCCAUCUUCAUCCAAGCCCUCACCCUCACCUUUCUCGCAGAGUGGGGGGACCGAUCGCAGCUAACUACAAUUAUUCUAGCUGCUCGGGAGGAUCCGUUUGGUGUUGCAGUGGGUGGUACCAUUGGACACUGUUUGUGCACAGGACUGGCUGUGAUAGGAGGGAGAAUGAUCGCCCAGAAAAUAUCUGUCAGAACAGUUACCAUCAUUGGAGGGAUUGUUUUUCUGGCAUUUGCCUUGUCUGCCCUGUUCAUCAAGCCAGAAGCUGGAUUAUAAAUUGGACGAAAGACUUUCAGGUUCACUCUGUAAAUACUUGUAAAAUUUGGUCAGAUUGCUGUAGAUAGACUUUAGUUUUGACCCAGUAAGUCCUAAAGGACUGAACAGAGAUCUGAAGUCCUGUCUUCCUUUCCUAGAAAGCCUCUGUUCCACUCUGGUCUGUGAGUCAGUGGGAUUUCUCACAGAGGUUGAUGUUAGGAUUAAUUAACAAGUGUCUCGACCUGUAGAUGACAUCCAAACCUCAUGAGAAAUGUAUUUGUCAACUGCUAAUAAGGUGUGUUUCAUCUUCAUCUGGUCUGGUGAAGUAAACCUCUCCAUGAGAAGAAAAGACUGAAUCACAGAGGCUUGUGCAACAGAUGCGAGCUUGGAGAGGAGGGAGGACUUUCUCACACUCUUUAAAAGCGGUAUUCUUAUCACAUGGCGUGUGAGAGAGAGAGAGAACACUUGAUUGUUCCUGACUGCUUGCCCUCUAACUCUACAAGUGGCUCAGAAACUGAAGCUAACUUUCCUCACACUAACUUCUCAGUAAAGCACUUAAUCUGUUUAAAAAAAAAAAUUUUUUUUUUUUUUUUUGCUUUUUGUUUUGUUUUGCUUUUAAUGUUUAUUUUUAAUGUUAAACAUGAGCCCCUGUGCUGUCAGGUGACCGUCGACAGAAUAUGAGCCGGCAGGUUCCCCGCGCUGUUCAGUCAUUUCCACCCUCCUCUAUUAGCAUUUUUUUUUAUACACAUAACAUUACUUAGGUGCAUGUGAGAAUGCAGUCAGUUAAGGUGGCUCCUUUGCCUAAACUGCACCGAUUAUUUCCAGCAACGUGCACACGUCCAAAGCCGUCUAUUUCCUGCUGCUAAUUGCGAGAAAGGACAGCUGUAGAGAAAAUCUCCACCUGAUUCUUUGCAAAUUGUCAAAUACCUCAUUUACAUCAGAGGAAAAACACAUUAAGAGCAGAACCAGCAGCACAUAUACAGUAACUGUUCCUGUGAUCGGAUUUGAGAUUUUUAUUUGAAACACAAGAAAUAGUUCCCACAGUUUCACACAACGGCAGUAAAGCAGUCACUGGAACACCUUUACGUCCCAGCGUAGCUGAACGACAGCAUCCGUGAAGCUACACAGUUUAUCCCUAGCUCAUGUGAACCUCUUCAGAAAUGGUAAUCACAUACUGCAGACAUUGGUCAGUUAUUUAUAUUUCCUCAUAACAGUGUUAGAUACUAAUGUUUGAAGAAAGGCCAGUAAUAAUUGACAGGUUGAGUCGUCCGAUUGAAGCUAUUUCCAGCAUGGACCUCAGUGAAUCACAGUCACUGUGACAGAAUGUGAACAGGACUACAUAAGGUACAGAAUAAUUUAACCUACACCAAACUUGCAGUAGAAGCCACUCCUCUUAGCUGUGUUGGAUCUGCGGUGACACCCUGACAUACCUUUAAAAUUUUAAACAGUGUGUAUUUAUUUAGCUUCCUUUUCUUUCUUUCUAGGCAUAUGUACUGACAAAUGGUGGAAGAGUUUAUUAUAAACAGGGAAUGGAAAUAUUUUUUUAAGUGAACAGGCUAAAGUCACGUUGUCAAUAUUUGACAGGCUGUGAACUACUUCUGUCAUAUGUUUUUUUAAAUGCCUAUAAAUCUAAGAAGAAGAAAAAAGCAAAAACAAUAAAAAAAUUUUGUGUUGUCUGA